UCCCCCCAGCAGCUCACUGGAGUGGUACUACAUUGGGGGACCUUUGGCUGCUGUCGUUUUUCUACUGGCGCUCAUUUCAUACAUUAAAAAACGGCGUGAGACAGCCCCACCUGAGGUGCCACCUAGGCUGCGUGAAGGGGACGAUGAAGUUGAGAUGGAUCAGCUGAACGUAAACACAGAUGGAUGGGAGAUUGCAGUUGACCGCCUGAUCCUUCGCGAGCAUAUUGGCAGAGGGGCAUUCGGUUCAGUGUGGCGAGCGCUACUGGGUCGUUCUCGAGGCAGACCUGGAAAUCGCACGGUUGCUGCGAAAUGCUUCCUACCAAUCUCCGGAGAGAAAGGAAGGAAGGCCCUGCUGAGAGAGAUCGAGUUAUUAAAACUCUUUGGAAGGGAGGGCCAUGAAAAUGUUGUUAAGUUCAUUGGUUGUGUUACAGUUGGAGCUCAGCCAAUACUUAUCAUGGAGUACCUGUGGCGAGGUGACUUGCUGGGCUAUCUCAGAAAAUCCAGGGGGGUUUUCGACCAAUAUCAUCAUGGGGUCGGAGGGGUCGACCACUUGACAACAUAUGACAUGGUGCUGUUUGCUAAACAGAUCGCACAUGGCAUGACUUUUCUCGCGUCCAGAGGGAUAAUUCAUCGCGAUCUUGCAGCUCGUAACAUCCUUCUUGAUGAGCAUCGUGUCUGCAAGUUGACUGACUUUGGGCUCUCUUAUCAGGAUUUCAAAUACGGCCCAGGAAAUGCCAAGAGGGGAUGUAUCCCAAUCAAAUGGACUGCACCCGAGAUUCUCUUUGGACAUGUGGAACAACUGUCAACCAAAAGCGAUGU